GGAGACCAGAUAUAGUGAAUGCAGGGUCCGUGGAGAGCAUAUAUAGUGAAUUCAGGGUUCGUGGAGAGCGGAUAUAGUGAAUGCAGAGUCCGGGGACACCGGAUAUAGUGAAUGCAGGGUCCAGGGAGACCGGAUAUAGUGAAUGCAGGGUCCAGGGAGACCGGAUAUAGUGAAUGCAGGGUCCAGGGAGACCAGAUAUAGUGAAUGCAGGGUCCGUGGAGAGCAUAUAUAGUGAAUUCAGGGUUCGUGGAGAGCGGAUAUAGUGAAUGCAGGGUCCAGGGAGACCAGAUAUAGUGAAUGCAGGGUCCAGGGAGACCAGAUAUACGAAUGCGGGGUCCGGGGAGAGCGGAUACAGCGAAUGCGGGGUCCGGGGAGAGCGGAUACAGCGAAUGCGGGGUCCGGGGAGAGCGGAUACAGCGAAUGCGGGGUCCGGGGAGAGCGGAUACAGCGAAUGCGGGGUCCGGGGAGAGCGGAUACAGCGAAUGCGGGGUCCGGGGAGAGCGGAUACAGCGAAUGCGGGGUCCGGGGAGAGCGGAUACAGCGAAUGC